GCGGAGAGCCCUACAGAGAGACUGCAUCCGCUCCUGGUAGUCGCUGCUGCUGCUGUGCACCGCUCUAAAGGAUUUUAAUUUGACACAUAUCUCAGGAUUUUUUAUUUUUUAUUUAUUUUUUUUUUUUCAUUUGAGGGAGAAGGGACAUUUGACUUCAUCUGCAAUUUCAUCAACCAGUGGAUCGUUAUUUGCUUUGGUUUUGUGGGAUAUUUCUUAUAAAAAAAGAUGCCUGCCGAUAUGAUGGAAAAGAACUCCUCAUCCCCAGUCGCUGCAACCCCGGCAAGCACAAACACGACUCCCGAUAAACCCAAGACAGCGUCUGAACACAGAAAGUCGUCCAAGCCAAUUAUGGAAAAGAGAAGAAGAGCCAGAAUUAACGAGAGCUUGGGGCAACUGAAAACCCUCAUCCUGGAUGCUCUCAAAAAAGAUAGCUCCAGGCACUCCAAACUGGAGAAGGCGGACAUCCUGGAGAUGACUGUGAAGCAUCUCCGGAACCUCCAGAGGGCUCAGAUGACCGCUGCCCUGAACACAGACCCCACUGUGCUGGGAAAGUAUCGCGCCGGAUUCAGUGAAUGCAUGAAUGAAGUCACCCGAUUCUUGUCCACCUGCGAAGGUGUCAACACUGAGGUCAGGACGCGACUCCUCGGCCACUUGGCCAACUGCAUGACACAGAUCAACGCUAUGAACUAUCCCAGUCAGCAUCAGCACCAACACCAGCUCCCUUCCACUGCCGGGCCAACACAUACUCCCUUCGGUCAGUCCAUGGUGCAGAUCCCCAACUCGCCUCCCCAGGUCCUGCCCAUGAACCCGGUGUCUUGUAAAGGGGGCUCCUCGCCGGCCAGUUUACCUUCAGACGCCACCAAAGUGUACGGUGGUUUUCAGAUCGUCCCAGCCACAGACGGACAAUUUGCUUUUCUCAUACCCAAUGCGGCAUUUGCGCCGAACGGCCCCGUUAUUCCCGUGUACGCCAACAACGUCAGCACGUCUGUGCCUGUUCCGGCUGCGGUUUCCCCCGGAGCUCCGUCAGGCAACACUGACUCAGUGUGGCGACCUUGGUGAAAAGUGGACAAAGAGACCCUAAAGACUUUAAAAAAUGACACUUAAUAGUUCUCUCUAUGUUCAGUGUUAGUUGUUUUGAUAUUUUUUUUUCUUGUAAAAUGAAAAGAAUAUGCACUAUAGUUGUACAGCUAACAAGGGAGUAAAGUUCAUAUUGAAAUGGGAUUUGUAUUGUGGAAGUCCGUUCACUGCAUUUUUAUAUAUUUGAGUUGUCUUUUUUUACUGUGUGAUGCCAAAGAUAUGUUCGAUGCUCUUAUACUGCUCUUCGUUUUGGAAGACAAAUAAAUUUGUAAAGAUAUUGACAA